UGACAUAAUACCAACGAUGUAAACAAAGGAACCACAAGAGUGACAUGACGUGACGUGUGUUAUUUCCUGUGUGAUUUACCGCAUUUUCGACCUUACGGCGCCGUGAAAUGACGUAGACGUGAUACAGCGAAGAAGAGUAAUCCUUUGUACACUAUUAUAUUAGUCUGAGCCAUGAAGCAGUUACGCCCACCACCACCACUAUCAUCAUCAGCAGCAGUAGCCAUAGCAGUAGCAGUAUUAGCAGGGGUGUUGGGGUCCGCCAGAGCUAUUGAGAUUAACUUGGUGGAGUCGGUGGAGCAGGAUCUCAACCUCGGUGGAGAAAAGACGGUGGACUAUCAACCACAGCAAGUCCACAUAGCUAUUGGGGAGACAAACCAGGACAUCGUAGUGACCUGGGUGACUCCGGACGCCACCAACUCAUCCGUGGUCAACUUCGGAACGGAUGGCUUGACCCAGCGAGCGGAGGGUUACGCCAGCGAGUUCAGGGAUGGCGGCUUGGAACAUCGGACUAUCUCGGUGCAUCGUGUGGCCUUGAGGAACCUGACGGCUGAUACGAGAUACUACUACCACUGUGGAAGCGAGUACGGAUGGUCUGAGCUCUUCACCUUCAAGACGUGGAAGAGUGGAACGCAAUGGCCCGUGUCCGUGGCAAUGUACGGCGACAUGGGUGCCACCAAUGCCCAGUCCCUCGCUCGGCUACAGGCGGAAACGCAGGCCGGGAUGUACCAUGCGGUGAUUCACGUCGGGGAUUUUGCGUACGAUAUGGAUUCGGACAAUGCUCGGGUCGGGGAUGAAUUUAUGCGCGAGAUUCAACCCAUCGCUGCCUAUGUGCCCUACAUGACCUGCCCAGGGAACCACGAACAUCUGUACAACUUCAGCAACUACCGGGCGCGCUUCACCAUGCCAAAACAUGUGGACACGGAGAGCCUCUUCUACUCUUGGGACAUGGGGCCGAUCCACUUCAUAGCUGUCAACACAGAGGCCUACUAUUUCCUGCAGUAUGGGGUCAAGCCGCUCUCAAGGCAGUAUGAGUGGCUGAUUGAGGAUCUGGAGCAAGCCACCCAGCCUGAGGUUCGCGCGGAGAGGCCGUGGAUCAUUCUGUUCGGCCACCGUCCCAUGUACUGCUCAAACAACGACCACGACGACUGCACCAAAGUGAACUGCCUGACGCGCGUUGGCCUGCCGCUGAUACACUCGUAUGCCAUGGAGGAGCUGCUGGACAAGUAUGGGGUGGACCUGGCCAUCUGGGCGCACGAACACUGCUACGAACGACUCUGGCCCAUGUAUAACUUCACGGUGCUCAACGGAUCGGACUCGGAGCCGUACACAAAUGCCAAGGGCCCAGUGCACUUCACCACCGGGUCCGCUGGUUGCUCUGAACACCACGACAACUUCUUGCCCGAUCAACCGUACUGGUCCGCUGUACGCUCGGUUGAUUACGGCUACACUCGGUUGACGGCUUUCAAUGAGACCCACGUAUACUGGGAGCAGGUGUCGGAUGAUAAGGGCGGGGAAGUGAUUGAUCAAGUCUGGCUGAUACGCGACCGACACGUGUCCUACAGGAAGAUACGGGGGGAGGAAUAAGUCUCUCUCUGUCUCUCUCUCUCGCUCUCUCUCUCUCUCUCUCUCUCUCUCUCUCAUGAUCUUUCUUCCCUUUCUUUCUCUCUCUAAUUAUCUUACCUCUUUCUUUCCUCUCCUUCCUCCUUCCUUCCUUUCUUUCUUUCUUUCUUUCUUUCUUUUUCUUUAAUUUUUUUUUUUCGGUCUUUUCUCUCUUCCUAUUCUUUCUUUUCUACUACUACUACUACUACUACUACUACUACUACUACUACUACUACUACUACUACUGCUACUACUACUACUACCAAGGUUUAAGUUCCCAUAUACAUAAUUUAGUUCUAUAUAAAUCUGUAAUUCAGUAAGAUAUAUAUACACACUUAUUCAAGGCAUUUAGAUAUAUAUGUUAUUAGAGGAAUUUAUAUAGUUAGGUUAGACAGUGUUAUAUACUUAUUUGUUACUUAAUAAUAAUAAUAGUAAUGAUAGUAUUGAUGGGAGAGAGAGGAGGAGGAGGAGGAGGAGGAGGAAACUUAGGAAUAUGAAGAAGAAUAAGGAGAAGGAGAAGGAGGAGGAGGAGGAGGAAGAUGACCAUACAUUACUAGAAGAAGAAGAAGAAGAAAAGGAAGAAGAAGAACAAGAAGAACAAGAAGAACAAGAAGAACAAGAACAAGAAGAACUAUCAUCAUUAUUACCACACUCAUUACGUACACACACACACACACACACACACACACACUCCCCCCUCCCCCUCCACCCCUGCAUCAGGAAAUAAAUAAUGUAAUAAAUAAAACCAGUGAGGAUUGAGGAAGGACUUUUAUUGGUGUUCAAGACGUAUAAAUGGUGUGUCAAAAUCCGACUCCUGUUCUUAUAUCGUAAACCCAAGGAGAGAGAGAGAGAGAGAGAGAGAGAGAGAGAGAGAGAGAGAGAGAGAGAGAGAGAGAGAAAGAGAAAU